CCUCCAGUCGCCUCCGAGCCAGACACGCGAGAGGGUAGACCGCGGCGGCGAGGCCUCCUGCUGCGCCUAGGGUUUUCAUCCCCCCCGCCGCCGCCGCCGCCGCCGCCAGCCAGCCGGAUGGCCAUGGAGAGGGAGCUGAUGGAGACCUUCGAGGCCGCCAAGAAGGCGGCCGACGCGGCCGCCGAGGAGGCUGACGGCUCGCCCCCGGAGGCCCAGCGCUGCCUCGACGCCCUGCGCCGCCUCCGCGAGUUCCGCGUCAACACCGACGUCCUCGUCGCCACGCAGGUUGGCAAACGUCUUCGGUACCUGACGAAGCACCCUAACUCAGACAUACAGGCUAUGGCUGCAGACCUUUUUGGGUACUGGAAGAAGGUUGUUAUUGAAGAGACAGGAAAGAAAAAUGGCACACCAGCAAAUGGAAAAUCAGACAACUCUGCAGCUAAGGCUGAUAAACCUCAGCCCAUGAAGGUUGAAAAGAAUUCUGUGUCGGCAAAGGUCAAGAUUGAAAAGAAUUCUACGUCAGCAACUGUGAAGACUGAGAAGAGUUCUAUGUCGACAAGUGUGAAGAUUGAGAAAAAAGACGGUAGUAUCAAGGUUGAGAAGACUGAGAAUAAUGAUUCCAAAGUCCAAGUUAAGGUAGAGAAGGUUUCAAAGGAAGUUAGCAGAACACCUGAUACAAAGAAGCAGUCUUCUGUUCCAAAUGGUCCCCCAAAGCUGACAUCCCUUGUCAGAUGCAAUGAUGCUGCUCGAGAUAAAUACAGGGAACUUCUUGUUGAAGCCUUCGUCAAGGUUUCCAAGGAAACUAGCGAGGAUGACAGAGAGGAAAUAAGAGAUCUCCUGAACCAGGUAAAUGCAUGCGACCCAUAUAGAGUUGCUGUGACAGUGGAGUCGGCCUUGUUUGAGAGGAUCGGGCGUUCCACCGGGACCCACAAGGUGAAAUACAGGUCGAUACUGUUCAACCUGAAGGCGGACAACAACCCCGACUUCCGGCGGAGGGUCCUGCUGGGCGAGGUGAGGCCCGGGAGCCUGGUGGACAUGCCUGCGGACGAGAUGGCGAGCGAUGCCCGUAAGCUGGAGAACCAGCAGAUCAAGGAGAAGGCCCUGUUUGACUGCGAGCGUGCCUCGGCCCCCAAGGCGUCGACGGACCAGUUCAAGUGCGGGCGGUGCGGGCAGCGCAAGACGACCUACUACCAGCUGCAGACCCGGAGUGCCGACGAGCCGAUGACGACGUUUGUGACGUGCGUCAACUGCAACAACCACUGGAAGUUCUGCUGAAUGAUGCCGAUUCGCUGCAACUGCUAGCGUGUUUUUCCUGUUAGCGAUGCCGUUUCAGUCUUGACAGGUAGGUUGGCUCGGUUUUUCGUAUGCUUAGGAGCAGACUGUUUUCUUGUGUUGUUUUUUCUGUGUUUGGGAACCCUGAUUUGUUCAGAUUGUGUACUAGGUGACCGCAUAAAUGUUGUUGGAUGAAAUGAUGUUACCUGAUGUAAGUUUUAUGAAGAGAUUGUUCACUCA